AUGGGGUUUAUGGCCAUUCAUCAUGAGUCUUUGGCUUUUGUUUUCGGUCUUCUAGGAAACGCCAUCUCCUUUAUGGUGUUCCUUGCUCCGUUACCAACAUUUUACAAAAUCUACAAGAAGAAAUCUACCGAAGGGUUUCAGUCACUUCCUUAUGUUGUUGCAUUGUUCAGUUGUAUGCUUUGGAUUUAUUACGCACUCGUCAAAAACGACGCUACCCUCCUUCUCAUCACCAUUAAUUCCUUUGGAUGCGUGAUAGAGUCAAUUUACCUUGCUAUAUUCCUAAUUUACGCCCCAAAGAACACCAGGCUUUCUACCAUCAAGCUUCUUCUCUUGUUGAAUGUGUGUGGGUUCGGAGCGAUGCUUCUUUCAACCCUCUACCUUACAACGGGAUCCAAACGUCUUUCUAUUAUAGGAUGGAUAUGCCUGGUUUUCAACAUAAGCGUAUUUGCUGCUCCUCUUUGCAUUAUGAAACGCGUAAUAAAGACCAAGAGCGUGGAAUUCAUGCCGUUUAGUUUGUCCUUCUUUUUGACCUUAAAUGCUGUCAUGUGGUUCUUCUAUGGUCUUCUCCUCAAGGACUACUACAUUGCUCUCCCAAAUACGCUUGGAUUUCUGUUCGCAAUAAUUCAGAUGGUGAUGUAUUUGAUAUAUAGAAACGCCAAGAAAGAGGCACUAGAUGAGCCACUGAAGCAGCAGGAACUAAACGUACAUGUCGUUGACGUUGUGAAACUGAGCACAAUGGUGCCCUCCGAUCCGAAUCAUAUAGCUAAAGGUGGUGCUGUGAAUGUUAUCACUUCAAUUGAGGAUCCAAAUGGAAAAGAAGAAACAGGAAAGGGUAACCAUAAUAACAUGGAUGCCACUGCCAAAGUGUGA